AUGGGUAAAAAAAGAGCUAGUAGAUUUGUUGAAGAACAAAGAAAAAAAAAGAAACAAGAACAAGAUUCUCUUUUAUCAGUUGGGAUUGCAAAUUUAGCUAAUAAUGCUAAUCAUAAUGUAAAUGAUUCUGAUGAAGAACAAGAUUAUGAAUUAAAACCAAGAUCAUUAAAUGAAAAAAUCGAAGAUUAUGGUGCUCUUCCCAUCAAGAGAGGUGGUAAGAUUGAAAGAGUUGUGAAAAUAGCUGAGGAAGAUAAAGAUGAUGAAGAUGAUGAAUCUGAAUCUGAAUCUGAAGAAGAUAAAGAAGAAGAAGAAAAUAAUCAAGAAGAAAUACAGAAACAACAAGAACAAGAAGAAGAAGAAGAACCUGACACAGAGGAAAAAAUUUUAGCUUUAAAAGAAGAAAUUGCUGAAAUUGUCGGUAAAUUAAUGGAAGAACCUGAAGAAAAUAUUAAUAUGCUUACAAGAUUAUUACGUAUGGCUCAAUCAAAAAAUCCAAAUACUUCAAGAUUUUCUUUAUUAGCUUUAGUUCCUGCUUUUAAAAGUAUAAUACCUGGUUAUAGAAUAAGGCCAUUAUCUGAUCAUGAAAAAGCUGAAAAAGUUUCAAGAGAUAUUCAAAAAUUAAGAAAUUUUGAACAAACUUUAAUUAUAAAUUAUAAAAAUUAUAUUGAUUUAUUAAGUGAAUUAGCUAAAAAUGCUAAAAAUGAUUUUAAAAUGGCCCAAUUUGCUGUUAAAGCUGCAUGUGAAUUAAGUUCUUCUUUUAGUGAUUUCAAUUAUAGAUCAGAUAUUUUAUUAAUUGUUAUUAGAAGAAUUUGUAAACCUUCACCAAAAAAUGAUCCAAUUUUCCCUAAUUGUAUUAAAACUUUAGAAGUUUUAUUAAAUGAAGAUGAUGCUGGUGAUAUUUCAUUUGAUAUUAUUAGAUUAUUAACUAAAACUUUAAGAUCAAGAAAAUUUAAAGUUGAUGAAAGUGUUAUAAAUAUUUUCCUUUCUGCAAAUAUUUUAAAUGAUUAUGAUCCAAAUGCAUCUGAAGAGGAAAAGGCUGAAAAAUUAAAAUUAAAGAAAAAAGAUAGAGUUCAUUUAUCUAAAAAGGAAAGAAAAGCUCGUAAAGAAAGAAAAGAAAUUGAAGAAGAAAUGAGAAAAGCUGAACAAGCUGUUUCUGCUCAAGAAAGAGAAAAAUUUCAAGCUGAAAUUUUAAAAUUAUUAUUAAAAUUAUAUUUAGAUGUCUUAAGAGAAAAUUCACAAAAAUUAAUUGCACCUGUAUUGGAAGGUUUAGCAAGAAUUGGUCAUAUGGCAAAUUUUGAUUUAUUAGGUGAUUUCUUGGAAGUUAUUCGUGAAAUUAUUAGAGAUAUACAAACUAAUGAUGAAGGUAUAGGUCAUGAUGAAUCUCGUCAUAUUUUAUUAGCUAUAGUUACAGCUUUUGCAUUAGUUUCAAAUCAUUCUCAAUAUAAAGUUCAAGUUGAUUUAUCAAGUUUUGUUGAUUCUUUAUAUUCUGUUUUAUAUCAAGUUUCAUUUGAUGCUGAUAUUGAAUUCUCUCAUAAAACUUUAAGAUUAGCAGAUCCAUUAAGUAAUGAUUUUAAAAAACCUUCAGUUAAUGUUUCAACUAAAAUUGAAUUAUUAUUAAGAGCUUUAGAAAAUGUUUUUUUCAAAUCUAAAAAUGGUUCUAAAAUUAGAGCUUUAGCUUUUUCUAAAAGAUUAACAAUGAUUUUAUUAAAUACACCUGAAAAAUCUUCAAUUGCAAUUAUAAAAUUUUUAGAAAAAUUAAUGGCUAGAUUUUCAGAAAUUGGUGGUAUGUUUUCCACUGAAGAUAGAAUUGCAAAUGGUAGAUUUUCAAUGGAAACUGAUAUUUUAACAAGAUCAAACCCUGAAGCUGCAACUAUUUAUGAAGUUUUAUUAUUAGAAAAACAUUAUUGUCCAAUUGUUUCAAAAGGUGCUAAAUCAUUAUUAUCACGUUCAAAAGAAAAUUAA